AUGCAGAAUUCUCUACAAUUUUAUGCUGAACAUAAUUCUCAUUCAAUAGAAGAUAGUUUUCAUUCAAAUUCACUAGAUGCAUUGAUUGAAAAUGAUACUUUUGAACUAUCUUCAUACGCUUCAGUGAGUACAAAUCAAACAUCGGCAAUAUCUUCACCAACAUCAUCGAAUAUGGCUCGUAGACGUGAUAAAAUAACAACAGCAUCAGUUUUGACAAAAUCAGCUGAAGAAGGAAACUCAGACGAUCUUGCACGUAAACGUGAAGAACAUAGACUAGUUGAAGAGCAUCGACGAGCAAUAGAACAAGAACGUUUUACAGAAAUAUCAAUGUUAAUUACAAAUCGAAGUGAUUUAAAAUCAACAAAACUUCGCCAUAUUGAUGUACUUGAAAUAGCUGUUGAUGAAACAUUUAAAAUAAAUUUCAAUUCAUUCUUAUUUGUAACUACUAUUGAGUCAACAUCAUUUCGUGUAAUUUACGUCACUGAUGCAAUAAAUCGUAUAUUAAAUAUUACACGUGAUCAAUGGCUUGAACAAGAUUUUCUAUCAUUUAUACAUCCUGUGGAUUUCAUACGCUUUCGAAGUCAACUUAUGUUAUUAAAUCAACAUAUUGGAAUGUCAAUUCAUCUUGAAUGCCGAUUAAAACAAGGUAAUAAUGAUAUGUAUUCAUCUGUUAUUAUCGAUGGUUUUCUUGCUUUUGUUGGUAUAUUUCAUUUACCAUUCAUAACAAAAUACAAGGAAACAAAUAUGUGUCGUUAUAAAGAUCCUCAAUCGUUAUCAAGAUUACCAUCUAUAUCAUAUGAUUUAUUUCGUCAAAAAUCUAUAUUAGAUUUUAUACAUACCGAUGAACAAGCACUUGUACAUCAAGUUUUAUUAUGCUCAAUAAUAGCAUCAACAACUAAAACAAUAACAUGUAAUUUUAUACAUCCAACUCUGCAAACUUCAAUACCAAUGACACUUGAAAUCAAAUCAUUUUUUAAUAGAAUUACUCAUCAACCUAAUUUUAUCGAAUUAACAUUUAAAAGUUUAUUUGACUUUAUAGAUCAAGCACAAGAAAUCGAUAAGUUAUUUGAAUCAGAUCUAUCAGUAUCAACUCAACAAACAAUUGAAGAACAACUUAAUAAUAAUCCAACAACUCAAACUACACCUUAUUAUUAUUCAAAUGGAUGGACAACAAUAAAUGAACUACUUUAA